AUGACGGCUCUCAGUCGGUUUGCCUUCUUGGCGAUGGCGGUAGUUUUUCAUCUUGUCUAUAUUCUUUCCAUUUUCGAUGUGUACUUUGUUAGCCCCAUUGUGUCGGGCAUGCGCGUCUUUGGCAUCGAUCGAGCCGCUUCAGCGAAACCUCCCGCCGACAGGCUGGUUCUCUUCGUUGGCGAUGGGCUACGCGCUGACAAAGCUUUCCAGUCCUUUCCUGAACCGUAUCCUACGUCAGAGCAAGACCUGGUUCCAAGGCCACUUGCACCCUUUCUCCGUUCUCGCGUACUUCAUAAAGGAACUUUUGGCGUUUCGCACACGCGAGUCCCGACCGAAUCGCGCCCGGGACACGUCGCUCUGAUCGCAGGCCUCUACGAAGAUGUCUCUGCUGUUGCGACAGGCUGGAAGCUCAACCCCGUUGAUUUUGACAGUGUCUUUAAUCGUAGCCGCCAUACUUGGAGCUGGGGAAGUCCUGACAUCCUGCCCAUGUUCGAGCGCGGCGCCGUUCCCGGUCGUGUCGAUGCUGCCAUGUAUGAGCACGAAUUCGAAGACUUUUCUCAAGACGCCACCCGGCUCGACUAUUGGGUUUUUGAUCACGUCAAGGAAUUCUUCGCCCAAGCAGGCACGAACCGGACACUCGAGAAGGCCCUUCGUCAGGACAGGAACGUAUUCUUCUUGCAUUUACUUGGCCUUGAUACUAGUGGCCACGCAUACCGACCUUAUUCGAAAGAGUAUCUGAGUAACAUCAAGGUUGUCGACCAGGGAGUCAAAGAGGUGACGGAGCUGAUUCAAGACUUCUACGGUGAUGACCGUACCGCCUUUGUUUUCACUGCCGAUCACGGAAUGAGCGACUGGGGCAGCCACGGGGAUGGUCACCCAGAUAACACGCGUACGCCACUCAUUUCAUGGGGUGCUGGAGUGGCUCCCCCCAAGCUGUACCCUGAAACCGCUGCUCCUGGUCACGAUGACUACUCGUCUGAUUGGGGCCUUGACCAUGUCCAGAGGCACGACGUUUCCCAGGCCGAUAUCGCUGCUCUGAUGUCAUACUUGAUCGGGACAGAAUUUCCCGCAAACUCGGUCGGCAAACUCCCGCUCUCCUAUCUCUUGGCGGACAACCGUGAGAAAGCCCAAGCAUUGCUUGUCAAUGCGCAAGGAAUCCUCGAAAUGUACCGCGUCAAGGAAGAAAGGAAGAGAGCAAACGAGCUUCGGUUCAAACCAUAUCGACCCUUGAGCGAUCAAGGAUACACCCCGGAUCAACGCAUAUCCUCCAUCCGGGGCCUGAUCGCAGCAGCGCAGUACGAGGAAGCCAUCGAAGAGUCCGAUGCGCUGAUUGGGAUUGCCCUCGAUGGGCUUCGCUAUCUUCAGACGUAUGACUGGUUGUUCCUGCGCGCACUCGUCACCGUCGGCUAUCUGGGCUGGAUGGCGUAUGCCUUGACCACAGUCAUUGACACCUAUGUCAUAGAGGAAGUCGUCCUUCCCAAGCGGACCGUCGCGAGCGUCGGCGUUUUUUCGUCCAUCCUGAUGGCACUCUAUGCGUCGUUCUUGAUGUCAAAGUCUCCACCAACCUACUACGCCUAUGCCUUCUUUCCAGUUUUCUUCUGGGAAGAAGUUUUCGCCCACCGCGAUAGUCUUGCCACUGGCCGUAAGCUUCUCUUCGCGCACAUUACGUCGCACAGAGAAGCUGUGGCAUUCCUGACGCACACUGUCAUGUUCAUUGCCGUCCUCCAGUCCCUAGCAUUGGGCUACAUUUAUCGCGAGAUCUUGACGGGAAUUUUCGUCUUGUUGUCAGUUUGGCCGGCUACAUAUGGCAUCUCCUUCCUUGAAAAGCACGCCGUAUUGAGCAUGACCUGGCUUGCCUCGUGUUUGGCUAUGAGCACAUUCACGUUGCUUCCUGCCAUGAAGGUUGAGAGCGUUCCACUAAUCCUCAUCGGCGGCACGGCUAUGGCCCUCAUCGGCGUCCUCUAUUUGCUUCUGGAAGACCACGUUUUGUCCGAGUUUCCGAGGGAUCGCAAAACUGGCCCCAGCGGCGAUGGCACAGAUCGCAUGGUCAGGCGCAUCGUCACUGGAGUUCAAACAGGUCUCAUUCCCUUGGCAAUGUUGGUGACACGCUCCAGUGCUCUGAGCCUGCAAGCCAAGCAAGGGCUGCCUCUGGGUAACCAAAUGGUAGCGUGGUCUGUGCUUGUGGUAUCGUUUCUUAUACCCCUGUCCUAUAAAUUGCAGUCAAACACACAUUACAUGCAUCGACUGGCUGUCAUGUUUCUCACCUGCGCGCCGACCUUCAUCAUCUUGACCAUCUCCUACGAGGGACUGUUCUAUGUAGCUUUUAGUAUUACAUUGCUACUCUGGGUUCGCCUUGAGUACGCAUUGGAGAUAUUCUCAAGAUCGACGGCAGAGGCAAACGACGAAUCACCAACGUCAACCUCGAGCCCCGUUCGUCGAAGCGGUUCACGCGUACGACCAUUGAGGCUGUCGGAUGCGCGAGUAGCCCUCCUCUUCAUGGUUCUCCUGCAGUCGGCGUUUUUCAGCACCGGCAACGUGGCUUCCGUCUCAUCCUUCAGCCUGGAGAGUGUAUAUCGCCUCAUACCGAUAUUUGACCCUUUCUCACAAGGCGCCCUUCUCAUCUUGAAGCUAAUGAUUCCGUUUGCCUUGAUCUCAGCCAAUUUGGGGGUUCUCAAUAAGAGGCUAGGCGUGGCACCGUCAGCUCUCUUUAUGCUUGUCAUGGCGGCGAGUGACAUCCUCACCCUCUAUUUCUUCUGGGUGGUGAAGGACGAAGGGUCAUGGUUGGAGAUUGGGUCGACGAUCAGUCACUUCGCAAUUGCGAGCCUUUUGUGUGUGUUUGUUGCUGGGCUUGAAGGGGUCAGCGCCAUCCUCAUUGCAGGCAUUGACGUUGAUGUUGAUGAGAUGAAGACCAAAUAG